UUGGAUGCUCCUUGCAAUAUCUGUAAAAAAUUGCACCAUAUAUCACUUCGAUUCCAUUUGCUUGAGUUUAGGUCGAAAGAUAAAGAUGAAGACAAUAGUGAGACAUUUUUUUACAAGGUACAAGAUGUGUGGCAACCGUGUCAACAGGAAAGAGCCUUUAUGGAAAUAUGUGGAGUGCGCUCAACAAAAGGGAGGCCUUGAGUGUGGAUUUUACGUAAUGCGGUACAUGUUUGAUUUAGUCUCUUGCUGCAAUGAUGUUUCAGACUUAGAGAAGGUUUGCACAUCAAUGAGUGGAGAUCCUUUCACCGAUGAGCAAAUUGAUGAAAUACGAGACAAAUGGGCAUCAUACUUCACCGAACAUUGUGUGUAAUUAACGCUUCAUCGAUCUCUUUUUGUGGAUGUUUCAUGCUAUUAAAAUCAUAUAUGAUUGCCUUAUUAUAUUUUUGGUGCAAUUUUGUAACGUGUGAAGUGUAAAAGAUAUAUUUAUUAUAGACUUGA